GCCCCACCACUUCAAUUCUCCUCUGUUGUGAUUUUUCAACACUGACCAUUGCUUGCCCCAAUCCACACAGAAAACAAAAAACAAUAUCUUCUAACGGCUUGAAUUGGAUCCGAUGAAGUUACCUUACAUAUAAGCCGCGCAAUGGAGUUCACCACGUGUCUCGAUAACUUCGACGAGGACUCCAUUGAACCCUGUCGCACCUGUGGCAUUUACUAUACGAUGGGCCUGAACAUGGACCAAGCGAUGGUCAAGCCCAUAUUCGGAAGGGACAACGCCUCCAAGGAAUACUUGGGGGAAAUAAUCGAGCAAAUGGGUGCUUGGAAUCUAAAGGUUGAACGGGACGAUGGUCGACCACAAUACAUGUGCAUAUCCUGCAUCGCCGAGUUUCAGAAACUUCUGAAAUUCAAGCAGAGUUGCCUGGAGACGCAAGAUCAGUUUGGUGACCUCGAGGCUCAGCGAGGAGUUGUUAUUAAGAAGGAAAUCGAUGCUGAUCCGGAGGAACAGUUUUGCGGGUUUAUCUAUUUGGACACUGAUGACGAAGACAUCAGCGACGAGGAUGGAAGCCGACGUGUUUGCGCCGCAUUCGACAUUCCACAUGUUCCCAUCAAGGAGGAGCACAUGGCCAGAGUGCCAACCCAGAAUGAAUCAGUAUUCCAGUCGCCAGAGCCAAAGACACUGGGCUCACCUCUGCGGUCAAGCUUCGACAUGAUGGAUGUGGAGGAGCUAACCGGCGGCAUGUUUGUCACAUCCAGCGAGGAUGCGUCAGCAACGGCGGAUGAAAAUGAUGACGAGGAUGAGGAAGAGGACGAAGAGGAAGAGGAAAUUUUUAAGUUCACCUACGACGACGAAGGGGAGACACAAGCCCCGCUACCAUUGCCUGUACAGUCGCCAGUUGUCUACUGCAAAAUGUGCUCGCACGAGUCACCCAGCCAGGAGGAGCAUUUAAACCACAUGAGACGUACCCAUCUGCUCAAGGAUUGGGAGUGCCAUAUUUGUGGCAAAAAGAUUACGAACGCCCCGGAAUCACGAUUGAAGUUCCACAUGAAGUGGCACAAGCUGGCCAAUCAUCUCAAGUGUGCCAUUUGCGGUUUCCUUUGUAACUCUAAGGACACCCUCAAGGAACACAAACUGGCCGUUCAUACUCGCACCAAAUGUUCCUAUUGCCGCAAGACUGUUAAACAGAGCUUACUUCAGGAGCAUAUGAAUAAACAUUUGGAAGAACGCGAGGCAGAACUUGCUCAGCAUGUUCAGCAAAAUACGAAAAUUCAGACCAACGCCAGCAUUGGACGUCAAAAGCCAUCUUCCAAUAAAACGAUCUCUGAUGGCUCAGAAAAGUCUGAGCUAAGAAACAAAUUACCUCCUGAGACCCCGUCUAAUUUAGUGACCACUUCCGACCGAGUGGUAUCAUCUGCUUCCGUAAAACCAACAUUUCAAGCUCCCUCUCCACCUAUGAGGGAACCACCUUCCAUGUCUAUUCUGACGCUUGACGAACCGUUCAACCAGUCGCUUGAGUUGGAAGCUCACGUUCUGGCCAGUCAUAAAACGCCACAAAAGAGAAAGAGGUCUUUGGAAAAUGCACCAAGAACCACCCGAUACAAGAGUCAAGCACAGUCUUUGUCGCUUCCGAUGGAAUUAAAGCAGACCAGUAUUGCCGAGCCGGAGAAUUCAAAACUAGAGGAGCCUAAAAGCCCUCGAAAUGCUAGCCCAAAGUCGUAUACUUCGUGCCACAUAUGUGGCAAGGAAUUCGACUUAAAGAUAAAACUUAACCGACACCUCAAAACGCACAAGAUCUAAUCCGAUCUAAGCCAUCAAUUACCACCUGUAUAUAUCCCAUUUAAACGAACCACAAUUCGGGAAGUUACUAUGAGCUGAACCUAAUGUAUAGCCCUCUAAAUUUUUAAGACUCAUUGUGGUUAUUACAUUCAUAUAUUUCAUUGCCCAUAUAAAUUAAGGUUUAUUUAAAAUCGCGAGUUGAAAAGCUAUUUAAAUUAGUAUUUUUUUUAUAGUUUAUGAGAUAUCUGAAAAUGAAAACUAGAUUUAAAAAACAUGA